UUUUAACUGAAAGGAAGAAGAAUAGCUUAUAUCAGAACAGAUUAUCAACAAACAGAACGGGAAAACCGAUGUACCAAUUAAAUAAUCAGACAUAUAUUAAGGAAAUACUUUUUUAUCCUAAAAAAUACAAAUUAUUUUGUCCUUUGAGACAAAGCAGCUGUAUACGGAGGGUAUAAUACGGAUACCUAUAAGGUGGAGAAUUACGGUGCGGUGCCGAUAUGGCUGAAUAUUCAGAAAUAAUGAAGGAACUGGAAUUAAUUAUUCCACCUCUUACAUUUGACAGCUACAAAGGACAAGCAGGUCGAAUUGGUAUUGUUGGAGGUUGCAUAAAUUACACUGGUGCCCCUUAUUUUGCUGCUAUUUCUGCAUUAAGAGUUGGAUGUGAUCUGGUUCACGUAUUUUGUACGAAAGAAGCCGCUCAAGUUAUUAAGUCUUACAGCCCUGAAUUAAUUGUUCACCCUAUUUUAGAUAGCCCUAAUUUCAACGAAGAAAUUUUGCUACAUUUACCUUCUAUGCAUUCUUUGGUUAUUGGACCUGGCUUAGGAAGAGACAAAGACACAUUUUUUGCCGUCCAUCAUUUAAUUGAUUUGGCUAAAAAAAGUAAUCUACCAUUGGUUUUCGAUGCUGAUUCUCUUUUUUACUUAAAAGAUACACCCAAACUUAUAGAAUCCUACCAGAAGGCAAUCCUUACUCCAAAUAAGAUAGAAUUUGCCAGAUUGUACAGUUCUUUAUUGAAAGAAGAACUCACCCAUGAUCCUACAGAAAAUGAUGUGAAACACAUAUCUAAAAUUUUAGGCAAUGUCACCAUUGUCAAAAAAGGGGCAGUUGAUAUAAUAUCAAAUGGAAUUCAAACAAUCACUUGUAAUGAACCUGGAAGUGCCAGAAGAUGUGGUGGACAGGGUGAUUUGUUGUCUGGUUCAAUGGGUGUCUUUAAUUAUUGGGCUCAUAAGUUAAAUGAAAAUAAACAUGGAUUGUAUAGUGCUACAAUUCUUGCUGCUUUUGGAGCAUGUGUACUGACAAGAAGAUGCAAUCACUUAGCUUUCAAAAAAUUUAAAAGAAGUACCAUUACAACUGACAUGAUAGGUGAAAUUCAUACUGCAUUCACAUCUCUCUUUGAGAGAGCUGUGUGAUAUGAUUUUAAAAUUACUUUUUUUAAUACAGUUUAUUAUGAAAUGUGUAUUUUUAAUUUGAUAUGUUAUAAUAUCAAUAUCUGUUAUUUGAUGUUAUCAUUUUGUUUUUCCUUGAAAAGUACGAGGACACUUUAUAUGUUGUUCUUAUUGAUUUUCUUUUGAGUUUAUUCAUCAAUUAAUUAUUUCAAAUCUUAUGUUUUUUACUGUCAUGCUUUCUUAUUUCUAUUAAGUUUUAUCAGA